UUCUCCUCUGACUUUCAUCUGCCAUCCUAAAACCCUAAUUUCUAUUCUCCGUUGGUCCAGCCUCCAUUCUCUCGACCUUCAAUCCUCUGUUCGUUCUCUACCGGUGACAACAGUGUAGGAGCCGGUUGCGGCAUGCACAUUAAUGUUACACUCAUUACCUCCUCCGUCAGGAAACAACUACUACUAAUUUCAAAUGCUGAAUUCGUCCAACUUCGAUACUUUUCUGUCACCGCCCCAUCUGGGAUCGACCCCCCACCAAUUCAUCGUCACAUUUUUAAAUCUCACAACAAGUUGGGUUCUUUUACAGUCGGUGAUUCCACAUUCUACUCUCUCAUUCAAAACCUUGCUGAAACGGGUGACCUGUCAUCUUUGGAGGCAGUUUUUAAUCAAAUGAAGCGUGAAAGAAGAGUGUUUAUAGAGCAGAAUUUUAUCUUGUGUUUCAAAGCUUAUGGGAAAGCAAAGAAAGCGUAUAAAGCUUUAGACUUGUUUGAUAGAAUGUGGGUUGACUACCAAUGCAGACCUAGUGUUCGGUCUUUUAACUCAGUGAUUAAUGUAGUUAUACACGAGGGUUUAUUUGACAAGGCUCUGGAGUUUUAUUCGGCUGUAAUUAUACAGGACAAACAGAUCUCGCCAAAUGUGUUAACGUAUAAUUUGAUUAUUAAAGUGUUGUGUAGAUUAGGACUGAUUGAUAGGGCUAUAGAGAUGUUUAGGGAGAUGCCAUUUAGGAAAUGCACGCCGGAUGUGUUUACUUACUGUACUUUAAUGGAUGGAUUGUGCAAGGAAGACAGGAUUGAUGAGGCGGUUUGUCUCUUGGAUGAGAUGCAAGUUGAGGGAUGCUUCCCAAGUGCAGUAACCUUUAAUGUUUUGAUCAAUGGGUUGUGCAAGAAGGGUGACUUGGCACGCGCGGCAAAAGUUUUGGACAAUAUGUUUCUAAAAGGUUGUGUCCCAAAUGAAGUAACCUACAACACUCUUAUACAUGGUCUCUGCCUAAAGGGGAAAUUAGACAAGGCGGUUAGUCUUUUAGAUAGGAUGGUGCGUAAUAAAUGUGUUCCUAAUGAUGUUACAUAUAGUACACUCAUCAACGGGUUGGUAAAGAAAGGAAGAGCUGUUGAUGGUGCAUCAGUAUUAACCUCAAUGGAGGAAAGAGGACGACAUCCAAAUCAAUACAUCUAUUCUACACUAAUAAGUGGGUUAUUCAGAGAGGGAAAACCUGAAGUAGCAUUGAAUAUGUGGAAGGAGAUGUUAAGGAAAGGGUUUAAACCAAACAUUGUACUUUAUAGUACCCUGAUAGAUGGUUUAUGUAGAGAAAUGAAACCAGAUGAAGCCAGGGAUGUUCUAAUUGAGAUGGAAAAGAUGGGUUGUAAGCCGAAUGCUUUCGUAUAUAGCUCGCUAAUGAAAGGCUAUUUUAAUACAGGAAACACUGACAAAGCUCUUGAUGUAUGGAAAGAGGCAAAAACUAAUGAUUGUAUGCAAAAUGAAAUUUGCUAUAGUGUAGUCAUUCAUGGGCUAUGUAGUAAUGGGAAGUUAAAGGAAGCUAUAACUGUUUGGGAGAAUAUAUUGUCAGAAGGGUACAAACCUGAUGUUAUCGCAUACAGUUCACUGAUCCAUGGCCUUUGCAAUAAUGGGUCCGUGGAAGAAGGUUUGAAACUUUUUAAUCAGAUGCUAUAUGCAGGAUCUGGCUCUGAGCCUGAUAUAGUAACUUACAACAUACUUUUUAGUGGUUUGUGCAAGAAUGGUUCUAUUUCACAUGCAAUUGAUCUUCUAAACUGCAUGCUUAAUCAUGGUUGUGAUCCAGAUUUGGUUACCUGUAACAUCUUUUUAAAAGCAAUAAAAGAACAAGUGAACUCUCUGCAAGAUGGGAGUGAAUUCCUUGAAGAACUUGUGAUUCGGCUUCACAAGCAAAAGAGAGUUGUAGGAGCUUGUAAGAUCAUUGAAGUGAUGCUUCAGAAAUAUCUUAUACCAAAAGCAUCUACUCUGGAAGUUGUUAUUCAAGAAGUCUGUAACCCAAAGAAGAUUCGAGCUGCUGUUGACAGAUGCUGGAAUAAUGUAUAUGUUCAGUGACAGAGGUGACAAAGUAGUCUAAUGUUUACUUGAUACUGUAAUUACCAUUCAUUGUUGUAAAAAUAUAGGUCCAAAAUUGUAAUUACAAACCAUUUACAUGAUCUGGUACCUAUCUAACGCUAGUUGAACCCCUCUCAUAUAUAUACAAGCCAUAUUAUUUUGCAUUUUCCUGA